GCGCGUGGCUUCGGCAGCGCAGGAACAGCUGGUGCCUCCGAAGCGGCCGGCGAGCGGACGGCCGUGAGGCGCCGGUGGCCCGCCGCGCCUCGCUGCGGGAGCCGCCGCCGCUGCCCCGCGCCCCCGCAUCAUGUCGGGCCAGCUGGAGCGUUGCGAGCGCGAGUGGCACGAGCUGGAGGGAGAAUUUCAGGAACUACAGGAGACUCACAGGAUCUAUAAGCAGAAGCUGGAGGAGCUGACGGCACUCCAGACUUCCUGCAGCAGCUCUAUCAACAAGCAGAAGUUGCGACUGAAGAACCUGAAGCACACGCUCCAGAGGUACAAGCACCAUGCCAGUCGGGAGGAGGCAGAGCUGGUUCAGCAGAUAGAUGCCAACAUCAAGGAACGGCAGAACAUCUUCUUUGACAUGGAGGCCUACUUGCCCAAGAAGAACGGGCUCUACUUGAAUCUCGUCCUUGGCAACGUAAAUGUGACCCUUCUCAGCAACCAGGCCAAAUUUGCCUACAAGGACGAGUAUGAGAAGUUCAAGCUCUACCUGACCAUCAUUCUGCUCCUGGGUGCUGUGGCCUGUCGCUUUGUCCUGCACUACAGGGUAACAGACGAAGUCUUCAACUUCCUGCUCGUGUGGUAUUACUGCACCCUGACGAUUCGGGAGAGUAUUCUCAUCAGCAAUGGCUCAAGAAUUAAAGGCUGGUGGGUGUCUCACCACUACGUGUCCACAUUCCUGUCCGGGGUGAUGCUGACCUGGCCUAACGGGCUGAUUUAUCAGAAGUUCCGCAAUCAGUUCCUAGCAUUUUCCAUCUUUCAGAGCUGUGUCCAGUUCCUGCAGUACUACUACCAGAGGGGCUGCCUCUACCGGCUGCGCGCUCUGGGUGAGAGGAAUCACCUGGACCUCACGGUGGAAGGGUUCCAGUCCUGGAUGUGGCGGGGGCUCACCUUCCUCUUGCCUUUCCUGUUCUGUGGCCACUUCUGGCAGCUCUACAACGCGGUCACGCUGUUCGAGCUCUCCAGCCACGAGGAAUGCAGAGAAUGGCAGGUGUUCGUGUUGGCCCUCACGUUCCUGGUCCUCUUCCUGGGCAAUUUCCUGACGACACUCAAAGUCGUGCACACCAAACUGCAGAAGAACAGGAACAAGGCCAAGAAGCCCUGAGCCUUGGGACUGCGCUCUGGAGCCCCCGGACUCUGAGACUGCAGGGCGCCUCAGUUGGCACCCCCGCUGCCGACUUCCUCCCCAGCAGUGCCAGUGGCCACUGGCAGCAGUGACCUCAAGGGCCAGCAGCCUUGUGGGGAGCAGGGCCAAGGCCUGGUCCCCAACUGGACAAGAAGAAUGUGACCCCAGCCUGUCCUCACAGUACUAGCGGCCCCACCCUCCUAUUUAUGACAUAUUUAAUACUGGGUCCUCCUUAGAAUCUUCGGCCAUCCCCAGCUGCUCUUGGCCAGACUGGGUAGUCUUCCUGGGAGGAGGCUAAGCCUCAGGGAGCCCCUCUGUCCCCACUCCCACCCUUUGAGCCCCUCACGUGGGGUGUGGACAUGCCUCCUGGGGUUGGAUUUAUGACCUGCUACUUACAGGGUCCCAGCGCAGGCUGGAAGGAAGCCCUGGGCGUCCUGUGGCGCCUCCCUCCCCAGGCUCAUGCUUCUGCUGUGAGCUCCCGCCUGCUCCCAGCCUCCGUGUCUCUCUGGGGUGGGUAUUUAAGUGCUCAGAGAACCACUGUCUGUGCCUUGUGCUCUCUGUGCUUCCUGAGCCCCUGACUGCUGGCCAUUUGGGGAGGGUGACCCUCCCUCCUGGAGGCCUGGGGUUCUUUGCCCCAGAAGCAGCUGGGGGUGGGUGGGCCUGAGGUGGGAGGGUUUUCUGAGGAUGGCCGCCAGGGGGUGCCCUGGCCCUGCAGUUUGUAUGGUUUGAGGGUGUGUUUUGACACUGAAAAGUUCAGCUCUGCUCUUGGAGGCUUUCUGACCCUCACCCCUCACUCAGCCCACCUUCCCAAAUUCUUGCAGUGAGGACUCAGGGAGUGAGACCAAGACCCUCAGCUUCAGCCAACACAGAAGUCGCCCAACCUGCAUGGCCCUCCCUUCUUAACCUCAGAGGUCUGGAAAGUGUGGAGAGUCUGAACCGCCUCACUUUCAGGAGGCUGCCUAGGGCAGGCCCGCCAGUCCCCUCACAGUCCCCUACGCACGGUA